CCCCCUCGCUACCUGCGGGACUUCUGCGGCUGCCACCUGUCGUGGUCCGGGGCGCAGCUCCGCCUGCCAGACCCUCUGCCGCGGCUGCGGGCCGAGAUCCGCGCCGCCGCUCCCGGCAGGUACCGCUACUACCAGAACGUCUGCACCCAGAGCUACUCCUUCGCCUGGUGGGACUGGGCGCGCUGGGAGCGGGAGAUCGACUGGAUGGCGCUGAGCGGCAUCAACCUGGCACCGGCUUUCGCGGGGCAGGAGGCGGUCUGGCAGCGGGUUUACCGUAACCUGGGGCUGAACCAGUCGGAGAUCGACAAGUACUUCACGGGCCCAGCGUUCCUGGCCUGGAACAGGAUGGGCAACCUCCGCCGCUGGGCCGGGCCGCUGCCGCCCGCCUGGCACUUUAAGCAGCUCUACCUGCAGUACCGGAUUGUGGAGCGGAUGCGCUCGCUGGGGAUGACCACGGUGCUGCCGGCCUUCGCGGGCCACGUGCCGCAGGGGAUCCUUCGGGUCUUCCCACAUGUGAAUGCCACUCGCCUGGGGCGCUGGAGCCACUUCGACUGCACCUACUCAUGCAUCUACCUGCUGGACCCAGAGGACCCCAUGUUCCAGGUGAUCGGGACCCUCUUCCUGAAGGAGCUGAUCAAGGAGUUUGGCACAGACCAUGUUUAUAGUGCAGACACCUUCAACGAGAUGACCCCCCUCUCCUCUGACCCUGCCUAUCUGUCCAGAGUCAGCAAUGCUGUUUUCAGGUCGAUGACAGGAGCUGACCCCAAGGCACUGUGGCUGAUGCAGGGCUGGCUCUUCCAGCAUCAGCCUGACUUCUGGCAGCCAGCACAGGUGCAGGCCCUGCUGCAUGGAGUGCCCCUUGGCAGGAUGAUUGUCCUUGACCUCUUUGCUGAGUCCAAGCCUGUCUACCAGUGGACAGAGUCCUUCUAUGGACAACCUUUCAUCUGGUGCAUGUUGCACAACUUCGGGGGCAACCACGGCCUCUUUGGCACUGUGGAGGCCAUCAACCACGGCCCCUUCGCAGCUCGACGCUUCCCCAACUCCACCAUGGUGGGCACGGGGCUGGUGCCCGAGGGCAUCGAGCAGAAUGACAUGGUGUACGAGCUGAUGAACGAGCUGGGCUGGCGUCAGGAGCCCCUCGACCUGCCCAGCUGGGUGACCCGCUACGCCGAGCGCCGCUACGGCACCUCGAGCGCUGCGGCAGCCAGUGCCUGGCUUCUGCUCCUCCGCAGCGUCUACAACUGCACCGGCGUCUGCGUCAACCACAACCGCAGCCCCCUGGUGCGCCGGCCCUCGCUGCGCAUGGACACGGAGCUCUGGUACAAUGCCAGCGACGUGUACGAAGCCUGGCGCCUGCUGCUGAGCGCUGGCGCCGAGCUGGGCCACAGCCCCACCUUCCUCUACGACCUGGUGGAUGUGACCCGGCAGGCAGCCCAGCAGCUGGUCAGUGACUACUACCUGAGCAUCUGCCAGGCCUUCCAGAGCCAUGCGCUGCCGGACCUGCUGACGGCCGGUGGCGUGCUGGUGUACGACCUGCUGCCAGAGCUGGACAGCCUCCUGUCCAGCCACAGCCUCUUCCUCCUCGGCCGCUGGCUGGAGAGCGCCCGUGCCACGGCCACCAGUGACCGGGAGGCUGAGCAGUAUGAGCUGAAUGCCCGGAACCAGGUGACGCUCUGGGGGCCCAGUGGGAACAUUCUGGACUACGCCAACAAGCAGCUGGGGGGGCUGGUGCUGGAUUACUACGCUGUGCGCUGGAGCCUCUUCGUCUCUGCGCUGGUGGAGAGCCUCAACUCAGGCCGCCCCUUCCACCAGGACCAGUUCAACCAGGCUGUCUUCCAAGUGGAGAGAGGCUUCAUCUACAACAAGAAGCACUACCCAGCUGUGCCAGCUGGGGACACCAUGGAGAUCUCCAGGAAGCUGUUCCUCAAAUACUACCCCAGCGCCCUGAGGCGCAGCUUGGCUGGGCCUGCGUGACUUUGGGUUCUGCCUCCGGAGCCUCCCCCAGAGAGGGUUGGCAGAGCCCCUGCACCCUCCCCUAUCCAGGCUCCUGGCCUGAUGGCUAUGUCCUGGAAGAGGGGCACAGAACCUCUCUGGCCCUCAGCCAGCCUGGAUCCACCCCUUCCCCUGCAUGGGCAGGAUGUACCCCACGAGGGGCUGGCACAUGGAAAGGGGCUGGCAGAUGGAUGGGGGGCCAGGCUGUGCCCCAGGGUCCCAUUCUGCACCGUGCUUUGUGCUCAGCUCUGCCUAGCUGCCCUGAGCCUGUUCCAGGAAAUCUGGGCUGCCCCAGUGCCCUCAGCUGGAAGCUUGGUGGGGCACUGCAGAGGGACAGGACAAAUGUGUCCCUGCUGUGGGGCCUUGGCUGGCUAGCAGGGGCAGUGUGGGGGAGAAGCAGUCAGGGAGAUGGCAGUGGGCAGAGGAGCAGAGCAACGUUGGACCCAGUGCCUGUGGGGACUUGGCACUGCACAGCCCUUGCCCACAUUUGGUGCCUUUUGUGUCAUAAAAGACUUUGCAGCUUUGCCUGCAGUGUUGCUGGAGCGGAGUUUUUGAGGCCUUUUCCACAGCUGGGGC